UACCAGCAGUGCCUUCCAACGAAUCAACAUUUCCCUUCUUCGCUGUCCCCUCUCAUUCGAUCUCUCCCCUCCCUCUUCUUAAACCGGGAGAGAUCUUUUCCCUUUUCCAUCCAACUUCUCCUUCUCCUUCUCCUUCUCCUUCUCCUUCUCCUUCUUCUGCUUCUUCUUCUUCCUCCUUCUCCGUCCAUUUUCCUCUAUCAAAAUGGGUUGCGGAGAGUCCAAGCUUGCUAUCUCCACUGCCGACGGCAUUCUCCACCGCAAGAAAUCAUCCGCUAGUCGAUCUAAGAGCGGAAGCAGAGCAGCUGAUGGAUCCAAGACCGGUGCUGCCGAUUCCUCUGUCGCUGAUUUGAAGGUUCCGUCUCUGAACAAAAUCGAUAGCUCUCUCAAGGUCGUUGAAUCCUCCGAGAAUAAGGUAGAGCAGCGAGAUGAGAAGAAGAUCGAUGAUGUUGCGAAGACCGAACCGGAGGUUAAGAUAGAGCAGAAGAUCGAUGCGGCUGUGAAGACUGAAGGAGUGAAAACAGAGGAGAAAAGAGAGAAGGAGGUUGCCGGCGACAAUGAGAAGAAGGAGGUUGCCGGCGACAGUGAGAAGAAGGAGAAGGAGAAGGAGGUUUCCGGCGGCAGUGAGAAGAAGGAGAAGGAGGUUUCCGCCGGUGGUGAGAAGAAGGAGAAGGAGGACGGAGGGAAUGGCGGUUCUGUUGAAAAACAGGUGGCCGGAGAAACGAAAGCAGAGGAGAAGAAGGAGGACGGUGUUAAGGGGAGUGAAGUUAAGGUCGUAGAACAGGGAGUAAAAGCCGUUGAGGAAAAACCGUUGGGCGGAGAAGUUGAAAAGGCAGGAAUUAAAGCUGCAGAUAAAAAGGAGGUGGCCGGAGAAACGAUUAAAACGGAGAAGAAGGAAGGCGGGGCUGUUGAAGAAGGAAUCAAAGCUGCGGAGGAAAAAAAAUUGGCUGAAGAACCCAAAGUAGAGAAGCAAAAUGGAGAGGCAGUGAAAUUGAAGGAAGAAAGUGAAGCUAAGAAGGAAGAAACCCAAAGCUCAGCACCCACUCCACUACAAGACAAGAAUCUCAAAGAUCCCAAGGAAAAUGGAGGUGAUUUGGGAGUGAAGAACUCAACAGCAGAGGAAAAGAAAAUAGCACCAACUAAGUGAUAAAAUGAUUUUGUGGCCAAAUUGAAAAAUGAUUGGAGAUAUAGUUAUAUAUAUUUACCCACACACACACACAUAUAAUUACAAAAGAAAUGUUAAAUGAUUUUUAUUGUCUAAAUAAGAACUCCUGUGGCUCAAUAACAAGUGUAAAUGAUCUGUACUUACCUAUUUUGUAUUUUUCUUUCUCUUGAACUCCACUUUAUUACGUAAAGUUAUGUGCAAUUGAUUUUGAGUA